GUAUUUUCAAAAGUUUAUUCAUUGGAAGUUCGCUCAAGCUUUGAACUUCAUCGUAAUAAAGCUCCAAGAGCCCGAAGGGCAGCAAAGUGAUCACCAAAGUGCAAAUAAAUAUCAAAUUACACUUAGAGAAGAGAAUCAUCUCUGAUAUUAAAUCUUCCGCAGUUAAAACGCAACUGUGUAAUGUUCUAGAGUUCUAGGAUACUUAUUUAUGGUUGAGCGCCGGUGCGAAACUUGUGACACUUUCAGCAAAGGAAGUAAGUCGCUUAAUUGCCAGGUCCCGCUAGCCCAGAAGUUCAUACAAGUUUAAGACACCCAGGAGAGAUGACUGCUCUUAAAAUAUUCAUUUUGGUCGGUCUUAUUUCCGCGACAAGUUGCGAAGAAGGAUUUUUUGAUAAGUUGAAAAGUGGGCUGCAAAGCAUGAGAAAUUACUUGGAAACGGUGAAAGAAGUCGCGGACUUAGUCUCUGACAGCUUGAAGAAGCAGCCCGAUCGUAAAAAAGGCGAUGAGAGCCCGCAAGAGGACGCUGGAGAUCGGAGCGCCGGGUUUGGAAGCCUGGCGUCUGUUUUUUUUCGGCUUCUCGGCUUGGACUCGCCGAAAAUAGCCGCGAUAACUGUCAACUCUGCUAUUUUUCUUGCGCAAGUGAUCGCGUCAUUUUUUGAAGUCAAAUCUUCGAGGGAUGAGUCUGACGACUCAGAAUUUGAUGUUUUAAAAUCCAUUGUCGAUUCUACGGACGACAAGGUCCAAAAUUUGCUGAAACAAGCCCAAAGUCCAGAACUUCCGCGGAAAAUAACCGAGCAAUUAGAUGGGAUGGAUUUGUCGUGUGUGAAGCUUUUGAUCUGCAAAAUGACCCCGUUUAUUUUGAAAGCUCAAGCUUCUUUAAAGAGCGAGUCAAAUAAUGGGUCAAGAAAAACAGUUUUUACGUCUUGGCUGCCGAGUAAAGAGGAGUUUGAAGAUAAUUCGGAGAAUUGCGAGCAAGAACAUAAAGACUGUCGAGUUUUUCCGGAAGAAUUUGAACAGGAGUGAAAAUAUUUUUGAAAAUUAGAAAAUUGAAUUUUUUAAUUAUCAA